AUGACGCCAGCCGUGAAAGAUUACAAGCUCAGUCCCUCAGGGCUCAAGUCGCUGAACCUCCAUCUUGGUAGAAGGAGCGAGGAUAGUCAGUACAAAGAGCAGCUUCAGGCUGCUAAGAUGGCCUUUCUAGUGGCCGGCAUGCAUCAAGACGAUAAUCACGCUCUCGAACAGGAUGGAUUCCAUGCCUUGUGGUAUACGAGCCAGGAGCAACUGUCUGGGGAGCCAGGCCGACGCGAAUGGUGUCGAUUUUAUUAUUCGUUGUUGUCGUUGACCAUGGAUAUGUUGACCGCCAUAGAUCGCAUCAGUGGAGGCACAAGUGUGAUGGCCCAUAGCGGCGGGUACCCCCAAACCCUCGAUGACGAAAACACUUACACUGUCUCACCCCAUGUCUACUAUUCCCCUGGCCUAUGCACCGAAAUCCCCCAGCUCAAAUCGUCAGUCGACCGCAUCAUCCGAGAAUUUGUCGACGGCAUGGCCGUUCCUGUCAUGUCUCGCUGGGAGCGUGCUUGGAUUUCGUCAACGAAUCACGUUCUGCCUUUGCCCACAGACAGUGAACACUGCUGUACAUCUCUCCACACCGCCCUUCCUGCGGGAGCUCAAUUUCCCGGCCCCUCGUCCCAUCUGGUGUUGAGUUAUAGCCGCGUUCGCGCAGGAUCUCCAGACUGUUACUGGCAGUCUUUGAGCAACUCUACGUCUCUCGCUGCUUCGCGCACUCAGGGAUGUGAAGAUGUCAUACCGCAGAACCAUCAUCCACGUAUCUUGAAAGACUUGGAUCAGGAGGUUCGGCGACUCCAGGAUGAGAUACGCGCCAACGAGAGGGAACUCGAUAGGCUAUAUCAACUCAUAGCUGAUAUCCGACAGAAGGAUUCCCGUGAGUCGCCUUAG